AGUUUUGUUUUGGUUAAAUUAAACUAUUAAGUAUAUUGAGCGGUUGGUAUCUUUUAUGACCGGAGGACAUUACAUAAAUAUAUUGGGAUAUGUCGAAUUGUUCUUGGAAGUUGGAUUAACUUGUUUAAAAAUGACUACAUCAAUUUUAGCGCAAAAAAUAUUGUCUGUAAAGUUAGACAAAGCGGAAUUUGAAAAAAAUAAAUGGCUAAGAUACGACAAUGCGGAAAAGAAGCAAGAAAUCAUUAAAUCAAUAAAAACAGUAAUUGCUCAACAAAAUUUAGAUAAAACAUGUAGAUUAUGUUUAAAACCUGGAGUUACAGCAAUUUUUGGCAACACCCUGGAUAUUGAUAUGGCAAAUAAUAUUAAAUGCAUAUUGGGAAUAGAGGUUUCUGAUAGAGAUGGUAAGCCGCAACAUAUCUGCAAUUUAUGUGCAGAUGUUGUGAAUAACGCUGUUGAGUUGAGACAGACCGCUGAGAUCACCCAAUGGAGGUUACAACAGGAAUUGGAAAUGGUGUCAGAAACAACAAAUGAGUGGGAACCACAAGAGAUCCAGAAACACCAUGGUGGUUAUUUUAUAGAGAAAUCCACUCAAAUCUCGCGUGAAUGGAUUUGUGGUAGAUGCAGGCGAAUAUUCCAAAAUCAAGAUGAAUUUAUAGAACAUGAAAAGCUGGAGGUAUGUCGAAAGGUGAAGUGCUACGUAUGCGAAACGUGUGGAGUAGAGGUGAAGACAGUCACUUGUUUGAAGCGGCAUAGUUUAAUUCACACUGGAGAACUCCAAUACCCGUGCGCACGCUGCCCGUAUCGUGCCCGCACUAAGUACGCGCUGAUAGUCCACGAGAGAUCCCACACAGGGGACCGUCCAGUCCGCUGCCCACACUGCCCGGCGAGCUUCCCCAACUCCUCCAAUCUGGCGUCGCACAAACGUAGCCACUUUCCGCCAGCUUAUCAUUGUCAGUUAUGCCAGAAGGGAUUCAAGUUUAAAGAAGGACUUAAAAACCACACGGCCAGUCAGCACAGUAAUGCAAAACCAUUCAUUUGUUUAUUAUGCAGCAAGCCAUUUUCAACACGGAAAAUGAUGCGGCGACACGAACGUAAAGCACACAAUCGGCCGAAAAUGCGAUCGGGGGUUGUACCGAGUUAUGUGAAACAGCUGCAGGAGUUAUAGUUGUCUAUUCUAUUCAACUUUUUACACUUGUACAUGAUUGACUAAAAAAAGGAGUUAAAAAACAAAAUAUGAAGGCCUAUAUUUGCUACCCCAAUAGACCAGGCAUUCUAAUGGGCACUAUUGGACUCAUCAAAUAAUGUACUGUAAUCCUCCUGGUUAAUUGGAAUUUGUCAUGUGCUAACUGACUUGGCUUCGU